CUCUCUCCUCCUCCAUUUUAUAAGCUUUUCUUUUUCCACAUGUAUAUGCAACAAAUGUAAUACAUUUGUCAUAAACAACAACAAUGUUAUGCGUUAUUAUACCCAGUUAUUGGUUCACUUGGUUACCUGUCCGUCUCCCUCUACCCAGAAUCCUCCACUGUAUGGCAGCCAGUCAGCAGUCUCGUACCACAAAGGAAGUGCUCCCUCAGCUCCAUCUGUCGCCUCAAACUGGAGAGGCUGGAGCAGGCUCUGGAUGCAUUGGGACUGAAUCCUACAGAGGCACAGAGACAGACGUUGAGGGCCAGACUACAAACAGACCCUGCUGGGACAGUGGCCUACGCAGACUUUGAGACGCUGACGCGGGAGCUGUUCAAACUACAGUUUGAGGAGUCAGAGGUGGGAGGUCAGAGGUUAAAGUUUGUGUCAGAAGACCUCUCCAGCCUCCUAGAGUCACCCACCAAAUCACAGUCUUCACUGUCUGACUCUGAUGACCUAGAGGAGAUGGAGAGACUGAGGAAAGACCACAUCGAGGCUCUGAGAGAAAUCAAGAAACUACAGGAGCAGUUGGCAGAGUCCGAGAGACUUCAACUGCAGGUGCAGGGAGAGCUGAACAAUGUCAAACAGGAGGUAAAGUCUGGAGUUGAGGAGAGCCGUGCACUGCGGAGCAGGAUCCACCUGUCUGAGGCAGCCCAGAAGCAGGCCAGAGGGAUGGAGAUGGAUUAUGAGGAGGUGAUCCAUCUCCUGGAGGCUGAGAUAGCUGAGCUCCAGACCCAGAGGUCAGAGCAGCCCGGCCAGUCCAGCCAGGUGCAGGAUGAGACAGAGGAACUGAAGAAGAGAGUGGCCGUUCUGGAGUGUCAACUAAGGAAGAACGAGGAGGCCAAAAAGGGUUUUGAGGUGUCCAUGGGUAAACUGCUCAACUUCGUGGAGAAUGUCCAAGACUUCCUCAUUGAAAACCAAGGACCUGUGAAGAGCUACAGCUCUGGUGACGUGAAGGCUGGAGCCUCCUCUCAGCCCCUGGGAGCCCGGGUGGGGAAGAAGUCCCAGUGGACGGCCGCCACACUAACCGCGGAGGCUAAAGAACUCACACGGACUGUUAGCGCCAUUCUGGAGGUGGAGUAUCUUCCAUAUGGAUGGGAAGAGGCCUACACUGCAGAAGGAGUCAAAUACUUCAUCAAUCAUGUGACGCAGACGACAUCGUGGACCCAUCCGGUGACCUGCAGCCUGGCUCUGGGGUUGGGGCUGUCCGAGAGAGAGGGGGAGAUAUCAGCCGACGGACAGGAAGACAACACAGCCACCCCCAGCCCCGACCACACCAAGACUUAGACCUGGGACAGUUCCAUAGGAUAUAACAUUGCAGAAUCUUUAGAUAAACGUGUAUUGAAUAGACUAGAUAUUGUAUGUCUUGGAGUUGGAUAAUAGAGAGGCCUCGCAGGCAGCUCUGUAUAUAACAUUUCUAUCUGAACGUUCUGUCGUGUUGCUAUUCCCCAAGCGAAGAAAAAACACCAGGCAUUGGUGAAACAACACCAGUCUUCCUGUACAAAUAGAGAUUCAGUAGAACCCUAGAGGUGGAUACAGAGACAACUACCUGAAACCCUUUAGGAGCCCCAACAAAAUAUUGUCUUUAAAAUCAUAUAACUAGCUACACAUAAUGUUUCAUUAAAUGGCAGUGUACGUUAGCUGUUCUGGUGAAUAUGCAGUUUAAACUUUAUUUAUAUUUUUUUACAUUAAAACCUAUCCGGAAUUGGGCUGAGCAGUGUAUAGACAGUUAAUUAAUUGUGUUAAAAUGAAUUGCACAAGGCUAGCUUCCCCGUUCGAUGGAGUUGAUUCAUGACUCUUAUUAUAUCGCUGUGGGUUUCUAAAGAGUUACUGGAGUUGCCUCUCCUCCUGCUCUAAUAUAUGUGUAUGCUGCUGUAAUCAUAUUACCUCUGUGAGGAACAGUGACCAAGCCCUCUCUCUCUCUUCAUCUCUCUAUCAACUUCCACAUAAGUCUUUACAAACAAUUUCACAACCCUCCAUAUUUUUCACCCUUAGAAGCCAGCUUCACAAUGUCUCAUUUUCUUUCCCGAAGCAAAACAGGUUGGAGAAAACUCCCGUUUUUCUGUUUGCUCCCUGAGCUGCACCUUGGAAUGCCAUUCCGAGAGGUCCACAUUCCGAAAUCGGAAUUGUCUUCUGAAUCAAAAUAUACCAGAAUCUACUGCUGAAAGCUCGGCCUAACAUGCUAUAUUUUUACUGUUCACUUCCUUCACCAGAACUGUUAUGGCGGAGAGGCAAAGGAUUGAGAAGAAGAGUUGGCUUGCAUCUUGUCCAUUGGUCAGAUAAGAGUUGGCUUGCAUCUUGUCCAUUGGUCAGAUAAGAGUUGGCUUGCAUCUUGUCCAUUGGUCAGAUAAGAGUUGGCUUGAAUCUUGUCCAUUGGUCAGAUAAGAGUUGGCUUGCAUCUUGUCCAUUGGUCAGAUAAGAGUUGGCUUGCAUCUUGUCCAUUGGUCAGAUAAGAGUUGGCUUGCAUCUUGUCCAUUGGUCAGAGAAGAGUUGGCUUGCAUCUUGUCCAUUGGUCAGAUAAGAGUUGGCUUGCAUCUUGUCCAUUGGUCAGAUAAGAGUUGGCUUGCAUCUUGUCCAUUGGUCAGAUAAGAGUUGGGCAGAUUGUUGCCAGGUGUCUUUAGGUUGUAAUAAUGUAACACAUUAUGUUUUUAAAAGAGUUAUGGAAUGAAAGCAUGCAAUAUUAUCGAACAUCAUCCUAUUUGCUGUUAGUUAACCUGCUCUUUAGCCUGUAGUAUUUGAUUUGAUUUACUCACUAGUUGAGCCCAGUGUUGCUAUUUUUAUCCAAAAUACAUUGAUAACAUGUCUGUUCUGUGUCCUGUAGCGCUGCUACCUCCAUUAAGAGAUCAAUCAAACAGUAUUUAAAAUGUAUAAAAAGCCUGCGUUUACACAGGCAGCCCAAUUCUGAUCUUUUGCCACUUUGCGUCUUUUGACUUAUCAGAUCAGAUCUUUUGCCGAUAAUUGGGCAAAAGAUCAUCAUUGUGCUGCCUGUAUAAAUGCAGCCUAAUACAACAUGUCAAGUGUGUUGUGUUCAUGUCUAACCAACCAUUACCAGUGUUUGGCAUAAUAUUACAUGUUAUACUAAGUAUGUACGAAGUCCUCACAAGGAUACUAAAACAAGGGAAAUUGGGCAGUUUUGGGUUAGGUUAAGAGUUAGGGGUUAGCGUAAAUAUGAUUUUGAAUGGGAAUCAAUUGUUUGGUCCCCAGAGAGAUAGUAAAACAAACAUGUGUGUUUUGCGUGUGUGUGUCCAAGCCAAUAUCGACCGUGCCCCAGGCUGGGAGUAUUGAUUUUCCCUCUCUAGCAUGUGUGGUUAAAUAUAUCCCCUUCCUCUGGAAACACCAAUCACAUGACACACACACACUCUCUCUUUCUCGUUCUCUCUCUCGUUCAAAGAUCUGUGUUCCAUAGAGCCGUAACGACGAGCAGUAUCAGCGAUGUUGAUACCGUCUCUCCACAGCUCCAUAGUUCCAUAGUGACAGUGUUCCAUACACUCUUAGAAAAAAGGGUUCCAAAAGGGUUCUUUGGCUGUCCUCGUAGAGAACCGUUUUUGGUUCCAGGU